CCUUCCUAUCCUACUCACCUCCUAAGAAACUUCUAGAAACAAAAACGCAAUUUUCUCGUCUUCUCGAUCUGUUUAGAGGAGGUUUGGAUCUGAAUUAGCAGCAACGGUGGAAGCCAUGGUGCCAUCGUCUGUUGAACAUUCCGGCGAAUCUGGGGAGAAUCAGAGAUCUCUUCCGACGCCAUUUCUGACGAAAACUUACCAGCUUGUAGAUGAUUCUGCCAUGGAUGAGUUGAUCUCGUGGAAUGACGAUGGAACGACAUUCAUUGUUUGGAAACCUGCUGAGUUUGCUAGGGAUUUGCUUCCGAAAUAUUUUAAGCAUAAUAAUUUUUCCAGUUUUGUUCGGCAGCUUAAUACUUACGGAUUCAGAAAAGUUGUACCUGAUCGAUGGGAAUUCGCAAAUGACUGUUUCCGUAGGGGUGAGAAAGGACUGCUUCGUGACAUUCAACGCCGGAAAAUCUCACCGGCAGGUACCGUCGUGAGUGCGGUUGUUGCACCAGCAGCACAAGCGGUGACGGUAGCGGUAGCACCGGCUGUGAGGAUGGUUUCUUCGUCGAAUUCCGGUGAUGAGCAGGUGUUAUCAUCCAACUCAUCGCCGGCAGCUACGGCUGCCGCAGCCGGAUCGGCGAUGUUAAGGACCACCACGUGUACGACGACGUCGGAGCUUAUAGAGGAGAACGAGCGGUUGAGAAAGGAGAACGCGCAACUGAAUCAGGAAUUGAAUCGGUUGAGAAGUUUAUGCAAUAACGUAUACAAUCUGAUGUCCAAUUACUCGGUGAAUCCGGCGGAUAUACCGGCAGGUAUACCGGAAGGUCGAGCUCUGGAAUUGCUUCGUACGGGGAAGGUUGACGGCGGCGGUGCCGCCUUUACAGCGGCGGAGAGUAGCGGCUUUAUGGCGGAGGAAUAUAUAAGCCCACGGUUGUUUGGUGUAUCAAUUGGGGUAAAGCGCGUGAAGAGAAGCAACGAAGAAGAAUCUGAUAGAGUUGAGGAUCAGGAUCAAGUACAACCGCUUGGAUCAGACAUGGAAUCAGAGCCGUUGGAUUCAGGAAGCGCUCAUUAUGAUGAUCAACCAUGGAUCUAUCGAUUAGAUUUAGGGUGAUGAUUUGUCACUCAGAACAAGUGGGUCCCUUGGAGGUGGGGUCCACAGAAGCACUUGGGUGUUGAUGAACAACACGUGUACAAUGGAAGAUUGUUGGUUGUUUCUGGUGGCUUCUAGAAGAAGUGAGAAAUUGAGUCCAAUGGUUUUUAGAAAAGGUCACAAUAUUAGAAAAUUAUAAAAGCCCCCAAAAGAGGUGGAAAAGGAGAAAAAAAGUGGCUUUUUAAUAUGACUUCAUAAUUGGAUUGGAAAAAUAGAGGGAGCUGAGCUGGUUGGUUGAAAAAGAUGAUAGUCAAUGUUUUAAUUAGUUGGGAUUAGGGAAAUAUUUAUAUUAACAAUACAAGGUGCCAACUAAUUUUUGGCUAGGGAAAUUGUUUGUGCAUAAUUGAAACAUUAACAAUGUUGUAACUUUAUGUUU